AUGCACGCGUUGUGGGGUGAUGGGAUGCCGAGUGACUCAACGAGGCACACAAAGUUCAGUUCACGCUCGGCCCUGUCAGCCUCACAUCCGCAACACCGAUAUAACACCCAACCACCAUGUCCCUUCUCCAAAGAUGUUCCUUCCAUCUCUCCAAACUCAAAUCAACUCAAUUGGCAAUCAAAAUGUCGAAUCAAAACUCCCCCGUGUACUUUUGGCGCGAAACAGUCGCAGAGACCGGCUACCUCUCUCAAUGGUUCGCCUCACCAUUCACAGACGACAAAGAUCCCUCGAUAUUCUACAAGACAGCUGAGCAGUACAUUUCCCUUUUCUAUUUUACAAGUCCUACAUACUAAUCUGUUUAGUUACAUGAUGUACCAGAAAGCCAUCCUCUUCAACGACACAGCCAUUGCCGCACGCACACUCACAGCCAAACACCCACGCGACGUAAAGUCUCUCGGGCGCAAAGUCAAAAACUUCGACCAAGACAUAUGGGUGGCGAAUCGCGAACGAAUCGUCUUUGAGGGAAAUAUGCUCAAGUUCCGCGACGAGACUCUCAAGGCGCAGCUCCUGGCGACGGGUGACGCUGAGAUUGUCGAGGCGAGUCCAUAUGAUGAUAUAUGGGGAAUCGGGUAUCGUGCAGAACAUGCAGAUGCCGUGCGCGCGGAUUGGGGCCAGAAUUUACUGGGAAAGGCGCUGAUGGAGGUGAGAAAGCAGUUGAAGGAGAAGGAGUAG